AAGAGUGUCACUGAUCAAGCCCUCUUCCAUUGUGGAGGAAUUGGAAGAUCCCCAAGUUUUGCCCAGCAGACAGAUGAGGGUCCAGAAGGUGACUAACAGGAUGAGGCCAGGGAGGCCACGUGGCCCCACAGGGAUUACAAAGCAGCAAGAAGAAGGUAAAGAGAUUAGACUCCAAAUGGAGCCCGCUUUUUUAACCUCGUCACUGUGAAGUAAACUCUGGAGCCACAUUUCCAUCCGGAUCCCAUCUCCUCUUUUAUCAGUCAACCUUCCUUGUUUGCUCCUUGAGUGCAUCCAUGUGGAUUCUAUUCUCCACUGGGAUCCUGCAGCACCAGAAACCAGGAGCAAAGUCGGAGUGGAGUUUUUUGGAAUGAGCUGGACUGAUUUGCUUCGUGCGUGCUACAAGUGAGGAGACUUUUACAAACUCUAUUAAUGGGCUUGAGAUAAGGAGAUCCGGAUUUUUACUGUUGGUUCCAACGUUCUCUCUACAAAUGAUUACUCCGGAAAUGAAGGGCACAUAAUUUCAACCAUCAUGCUUUUAAAGUCGGGAGUAUUUCUCUCUUUUUGUCUGUUUACUCUUCAAGGAAGCCAAAUCAAAGCUGAAUCUCGUCACUCUGCAGAACUUCGUGACCAAGGGUUUUCUGGACUCAGGGAUGUAAAGUACCGCCACUUUCUGGACACUUACCGACCCAUCAGGCAUGGGACCAACGCGAGAGCGGAGCAGGAUGGACGUCGGGUCAAGAGGUCGACGCUCAUAACUACAGGUGUCAAGGUGUGCCCCCAGGACACGAUGAAGGCAGUGAUUGGCAGCCACCGGGCCUAUUACAAACUCAGAGUUUGCCAGGAAGCCAUUUGGGAAGCGUUUCGGAUCUUUUUGGACAGAGUUCCAGACCCGGAGGAGUACCGAACGUGGGUUUACACCUGUCAGCAUGAGAACCUGUGCAUGGACGACCUGGCUCAAAACUUCAGCAGUUCUCAGGAACAUCUGGAAAUGGUGGCCAAAAGAGUUGCAGAGCAGGCUGAGACUGAAGGUUUUAUAUCUGCAACUCAAGAGCCUGGCAGUAAAUGCACCUGGACUCCCUCUGUGACUAAACUUCCAAUGGAAACUGAAGAGAUUAAAGAAGAUCCUAACAUGGUAAAAGAAAACUAUGAGGAGUACAUUGUUGAGUUCAGCAUCACCAUUGUAGAUCCAGCAUACAGUGAGCUACUCAGCAACCCUGAGGUGCUACAGAACAAUGACAUCACUGCAAAGCUCAGAGACAAGUUGCUACAUGUGUUCCAAAAAGUCCCAGGAUUCAAAGAGCUACGUGUUCUGGGAUUUCGAUCAGAGGAUGUGUCUGUACGCUACGCUGUCGUCUUUAACGGGGAAACGGAGCUCAGUGACAAACCUGACAGUCUGGAGGUGCCUGACUUAGAAACAAACCAGGAUGUAAAUGCCCCUAAACUGAAACACAUCAUUGUGAAGGCCUUGAAACAGGAGCCAGAGCUUCUCAUGGACAUACAGACGCUCAGCUUUGAGGCUGUAACCACAAUUUAUCCAGUAACAGAGCCUGAAAUCAACCCUGUUGAAGAUGACACCAGGCUGGCACCAGAAGACUUUCCCAUUGCGGCGAUGAUCAAACCAGAGGUGCACACUUUAGGGCCUUCCAUCUCCAACAUCUUCUCAGGGAUCACCUCUGCUGUCACUUCUGAAACGCCGUUGAUGACAAUGGCAGAAGAAGAGUUCACAGCAGCAAUAGGAGCAGAGAGCGUGGAGGAGAUUGCACCAACUGAAUGUGACAACGGAGAGCCUGAACAGACAGAUGCAGAAAACGAUAUACAUCUGGAAGACAUUGAGGAGGUAACUCCAGGCUCCCAACCUGAGGAAUGGCUGACUGAUGCACCCACUGAUGAUGACCUCGACCCACCAGACUCUAUAGCUCCUACAGGUCCAGAUCGUCCUGUGAAAGAGCCUCCAAUCUCCUCCCCUUCAUCAGGCCAGGACAGUGGACUAGAAGCAGACGUGGAGUCUCUACCAUUCCCGGCUGACAGAGAGGAAACCCUCGAGGAGGAACGUGGAGGGCAUGGUGGAGUGACCCACAUCUCAGUGAAUUCAAACGAAGAAGGAGCCGGGGCCAGUCAGAACGAGACUGUGGAGGUAACAGAGCCCCUGGAGGAGGAGAGCGGGAGCGGAUUUGCCUCAGAGUCUGACGAACGUCCAUAUGAAUCUACAGCGGCACCUGCCAUGAGACAAGUCACCACACCUCUGAUGGCGACCGUGGAUAAGGGCAAAGAGUUAGUGGUUUUCUUUAGCUUGAGGGUCACUAACAUGAUGUUUUCUGAUGACCUGUUCAACAAGAGCUCACCUGAGUAUAAAUCCCUGGAGAAUACGUUUCUUGAGCUGACACAACACUCUGGGUCCAGAAACUCGCCAAACCCUGGAGCAUCCAGUAAAUCUGGGCCUAGGAGACAGACGACUUUAGCCUCUAUACCGCUUUUACCAUAUUUCCAGUCGAAUUUGACGGGAUUCAAGCAGCUGGAGAUUCUCAACUUCAGGAACGGAAGCGUGGUGGUGAACAGCAAGAUGAAGCUGGACAAGCCGGUACCGUAUAACGUCACCGAGGCCGUGCACUGCGUGCUGGAGGACUUCUGCAAUGUAGCAUCCACGCGGCUCGACAUCGAGAUUGAUAGCCGCUCUUUGGAGGUGGAACCAGCUGACCAAGCAGAUCCUUGCAAGUUCCUGUCCUGCAACGAGUUUUCCCGCUGUGUGGUCAACAGUUGGACCAAUGAGGCCGAGUGUCUGUGUGAUCCGGGCUACAGCACAGUGGACGGCUCACCCUGUCAGAGCAGCUGCAUUCUGCAGCCAGAUUACUGUCUGAAUGGAGGACAGUGUGAAAUAAUCCCUGGUCAUGGAGUCACCUGCAGAUGCCCAGUGGGUAAAUACUGGCACUACCACGGCGAGCGCUGCAGCGAGCUGGUAUCAGUGCCCGUGGACCCUCCUCUAAUUAUAACCUGCCUCGUGGGGAGUCUCUGCCUCAUUUGUGCCAUCAUCUGCGUUUUAAUAUUCAUCAACAAGAAGUGUGUAAGAACCAAAAAGACGAUAACGUUGGUGCAUACCCUUGCGCCUUAUGCCUUCGAGAAUACUUUGAGGGAGAACCCGGUAUUUGAGAAUGAUGAUGGUGUUUUAACUCAUGUGUCCACAAUACCGUGUCCAUCGAGCUCUGUCUCAUCCCACUCCCAACAAUCUGAGCAGGAACAUUUUGCCACAAUAGAAAAUAUACGGCUAAGUAUUGAGAUCCCCAGACAACUCUACACAACAAGAUCAGAAAAGUUAGUAUCGGAAAUGGUGGAUUUUCAUCACAGUAUGCCACGGAGCGAGCUUUACAAAAUGCGCAAAGACGUGGCAACUGCCAAAUGAAUACAGAAGGUGUUUUUCUUUAAGGGCGUCAGACAGCGACUGCCUCGAGGUGACGGUUCUCUGAUGACACCUCGUUCGCCUGAGCCUUGGCUGGACGUACAUUAGAAGAGUGAUCGAGUUUUUCAUAGUGAUGAAAGUCUUCUGAUAGACAGUGAGCUGUGGAGAUGUGUUCAAGAUGACGCUAAUAUUUAUUUCAUGUGUUGAGCGGUAGGAAGACGUCCUGUACAUACUUGGCAAAGGUUGUUCUUUCCUCACAGUGAGGUCAUUAUCUACAAACUGAUACACAUGGAUGUAUCUACCCAUGUUUAGACUCUAUAAUGUGUUUAAUUUUAAUGCCGUUCUUUAACACUGUUGUGUCCCAAAAAGAGAAUGUACUGUAUAAGCUAUUGCACUUUUUGUCUAGAAGUUUUGAUUGGUUUCUUUAGUUAUACCACUAAUCAUUUGAAGACUUGGACAUAUUUUUAUAUAUUUUACAUACAAAACAAAUAUAAAUAAAAGUUUUCAAAAUCGUAA